AUGGAACCCGGCCGUCCUUUAUCUGUAUCCUCAGACGCUAUCCAAUGCGUCGGACAGGGCGGAUCAUUUGUCGUGGAGCCCGAAAAAGGUCCCCCGCCUAUGGAUGAACAGGCCUUGGCCAGGCUUGGAAAGAAGCAAGUACUCAAACGACGAUUCGGCUUCUUUUCGAUUGUCGGCUUCGCCAUGGCUGAGCUGAUUACAUGGGAAACUGUUCUCACCAUGUUUUACCAAUCAUAUGAUAACGGUGGCCCAGCAGGUGCUAUUUAUGGCUACAUCAUCGCCUGUCUUUCAACGCUGUCGGUAUAUACCGUUAUUGCAGAACUGACUUCUAUGGCUCCCAUCGCAGGUGGCCAAUAUUAUUGGGUUUACAUGCUAGCCCCGUCGCGGUGGAAGAAGGUGUCUAGCUAUUUAAUCGGUUGGCUCACAUGCAUGGCAUGGAUCGCGACGAUCGCAACCGAGACAAUAUUUCUUGGAACCAUGAUCGAAGGCCUAAUUGCGCUGAACAAUCCUUAUUUCGCACAGCAACGGUGGCAGAAUACUUUGUUGGCAUGGGCUAGCGUGGCAGGCACCUUCUUUAUCAACGUCCUGGGGCCAAAUAUCCUUCCCCGAUUCGAAAUUUUCAUCUUGGUGCUACAUUUGACUGGCUUUAUCGCUGUUACAGCGACACUUCUCGCUAUGUCAUAUCCUAAGAAAUCGGCAGCCUUCGUUUUCCAAACAUCGCUAAACGGGGGAGGCUGGCCUACGCAAGGUAUAUCAUACUGCGUCGGCUUUAUCGGAAACAUUGCAACCUUUGCCGGAGCGGAUGCAAGUGUUCAUAUGGCCGAAGAGGUCUCGAAUGCUGCUGUCGUGAUUCCUCGUGCAAUAAUCUCCGGCAUGUCCCUUAAUAGCGCUCUCGGGCUAUCGAUGAUGCUCACUAUUUUGUUCUGCCUCGGAGACGUCGAUGUUCUAGGUGCCACGGGAUUCCCUUUUAUCCAGAUCUUUUAUAAUAGCACGGGAUCAUAUAUAGGUGCCUCCUUCAUGACGGCUAUCAUUACGGUCCUAACUGGGGCUUGUUCCGUCGGUAUUGCCACUACGGCGUCUCGAAUGACAUGGUCCUUUGCACGCGACCAAGGCCUACCAUUCUCCCGUUUCCUGAAAAAAGUGAAUAAUAGCACUAAAGUCCCUAUUAUCUCUGUCUCGGUUGUCUGUGGAUUUUCCUGCAUCCUCAGUCUUAUCUAUAUCGGGUCCGACACUGCCUUCAACGAUGUAAUCUCCCUGGUCGUGACCGGAUUCUAUUGCACCUACUUCCUCCCAAGUGCGUUUCUACUUUACCAUCGAAUCAAGGGACACAUUCUGCCCCACGGAGCAACAACUCUCAAUGGUCUCCCCGAUAUAGCCACCAGCACCGCUUCUACUACUGAGAAGGGCCAUACCACUGUCAAGCGCCCGCACAGCCCAGAAUGCGAUAGCUCCCAGGAGAACAACCCCCAGAUAGAAACUUCUCAGGCUCCUUUAAUCUGGGGUCCAUGGAAAGUCCCUGGAAUUCUUGGUGUUAUGAACAACAUGUACGCUUGUGUGUAUAUGCUGUUUGUCCUCUUCUGGAGUGUGUGGCCCUCGGAAACUCCCGUGGAUUAUACGACUAUGAAUUAUAGCAUAGUUGUCACUGGGGGUGUAGUGAUCUUGAGUUGUCUAUGGUAUUGGCUUCGGGCAAGGAAGGAAUAUAAUGGCCCACUAAUUGAUGAAGAGAUCGCUGAGAUCAUGCACCUCGGCUCAGGUGCGAUGCCUGGGGCAUUUUCCAGCACAGUUCCCUCUUUUUAG